AUGACCACAGGCUCAUUCAUCUCGGCUCUCCGAAGAUUUAUCUCUCGUCGCUCUGCUCCAUCGCAUAUUUACUGCGACAAUGCCACAAAUUUCCGUGGAGCUGAGGCAGUAAUAAAGCAGCUUCUAAAUGAAUUAAAAUCUGAGUCACUGUUCGACGAUGAAUGUACUUCCAAGGGAAUCACCUUCCAUUUCAUGCCACCAAGAUCUCCUCAUCAUGGAGGUCUGCACGAAGCAGCUAUCAAAUCCUUAAAAUAUCAUCUUCGUCGAGAAAUAGGAGCCACUAUCCUUACGUUCGAAGAACUCUCUACAGUGAUCUGCCAAGUGGAAGCGAUCUUAAAUAGUCGUCCCAUCACACCCUUACCUGAGGAUCCCAAUGAACCUGCGGCUUUAACUCCCGGUCACUUUCUCAUUGGAAAGCCGUUGAAUAUGCUGCCUGAAGUAAACCUCACAAACAUUUCGCCUCAGUCUCUCACAAGAUGGCAGUUAUGUCAGAAGCUCUUGCAGCAUUUUGCGGCUCGUUGGAGAAAGGAGUAUAUUCAUACCCUCCAACCAAAAAGGAAAUGGUUCAAUCCUCAAGAAAACCUCAAACCCGGAGAUCUGGUUCUCCUCGCAGAGGAUCACGUAGCCCCCAGCCAUUGGUCUAUGGGCAUUGUGGAGGCCACUCACCCUGGUGAAGACGGAAAAUGCCGAGUUGCCACCAUUCGCACGACCAAGGGCACAUAUCAACGCGCAAUCCAACGACUCGCCAGAUUACCAUUGGAGGGAUUCGCACCCUCAGAAUUCCGCCCCGGAGCAUGUUGA